AUGCACUCUUCAUUCGUCUUCGUCCUCGGCCUCGCCAUCCUGGGCUCUGCCUCCCCCCUCGCCGGCGUCGUGCCCUCCAACUCUACUACCCCAUCUCCCCUUUACAACGUCGUCACCAUCAACGACUUUGCCAACAAGACGCUCGCCGCCACCAACAGCACGAUUCGCCUCUCCACUGCCGCCCCCCAGGACGAUCCGCCAGCCAACCCGCCGAGCAUCAAUGACCUGCCGCCGUGCUGCGUGCCGUGCGUAAAGGACGGGAUCCAGAAGGAGACGCAGUGCGCGCUGGAGGACGUGGCGUGUAUCUGUGAGAACAAGACCAAGAUUGGCAAGGCGGCCAAGGAUUGCGUUGUUGAGGCCUGCGGGUUGAAUACUGCCAUCAAACUCGUCGGGCCUGCGGUGAAGAAGUUGUGCGAUAUGGAGGAUGAUGAUGUCGAGGCGUGGGAGGAGGACUGA